AUGGCCAACCAAGACCGUAAUCGUCACGCCUAUGCAAUCGGUCCUCCUAGACUACGAAGCCGGUUCCGACUCUCCUUACCGAGACCGUCUUUUCAACGCGCUGAUGGUAUUUCAGGAAAGUUCUUUCGCCUAAUCGAGGAGAUGAACAGAAGAUCAACUGCUGCUGUUCGAACACCAAUUGGAUUCAAUUCGCUGUUGAAAGUGGAAACUGAGGAAAGACAGGGGCCUGUCCCGGACCGUUCCUUGUUCAACUCUGCCGUCGAUAUCAUGCGAAAACAGUUGAGCAAGGUUCCGCGAUGUCGUUCUAGCACCAUCUGGACGUCUCUUGGUCAAGAUCGAGUAGGCCGGCGAUGCAGUGACAUUCGCUUCAAGCAGCGCAACGUUGCAACAUGUCGUCAACCUUGUAUCGAAAUUAGCUGCAAUGUACAGUUUACGUCUCCGCCCUGA